AUGAGGGGAAGACUAAAAGGAAUCUACGGCGAUAAUGGUGGGAAGGGAUGGGAGAGGGGAGCGCCAGCGUUCGUGCUCAGCUGCCCCUUCCCGCCCUCGCCUCAGUUUGGGGAGGUGUCCGUCAGCAGCCUUCACUCCGGGGGCCAGGCCUUCUUCUCCUGUCUGACUGGGUACCAGCUCCAGGGGCCUCGCACUCUCACCUGCCGCAACACCACCACCCCCUACUGGAGCGGCAAGGAACCACGCUGCCGAGCUGCGUGUGGAGGCCUGGUCUCUAACGCCUCCGUGGGUCGGAUAGUGUCGCCUGGGUUCCCCUCAAACUACAGCAACAACCUGACCUGCCACUGGCUCCUGAGCGCCCCCAGUGGACACCGGCUUCAUGUGCACUUCGAGAAGGUGGCGCUGGCUGAAGACGACGACCGGUUGGUGAUACAGAACGGGGACACAGUAGACUCCUCUGUCUUGUAUGACUCGUAUGAAGUGGAGUAUCUCCCAAACGAGGGUCUCCUCAGCUCCUCCAGGUUCCUCCUCAUCGUCCUGACCACAGACGCCUCUGGGACGUCCACUGGGGUCGCUCUCCGAUACCAGGCGUUUGCUUCCGGUCACUGCUACGAGCCCUUUGUGAAGCACGGGAACAUGACGAGCAGUGACGCCUCCUGGCCAGUGGGGGCAGUGGUGGAGUUCUCCUGUGACGCGGGCUACACCCUGGAGCAGGGCUCGGUCACCAUUGAGUGCACCAACCCUGACGACCCGCAGUGGAACGACACAGAGCCGGCCUGCCGCGCGGUCUGCAGUGGUGAGAUCACGGACUCGGUCGGGGUGGUGCUGUCCCCAAACUGGCCAGAGGCGUACGACCGCGGCCAGGACUGUAUCUGGGGGAUCCAUGUGGAGGAGGACAAGAGGCUCAUGCUGGACAUCCAAGUCCUUAACAUCGGCGUGAACGACCUCCUGACCUUCUACGACGGCGAUGACCUCACGGCUAAAGUCCUGGGGUCUUACAGCGGGUCUAAGUCCAGGUUCAAGCUCUACACUUCCACCGCCGACGUCACCAUCCAGUUCCAGUCUGAUCCUUCCACCAACGUUUACGGCUACGGCAACGGCUUCGUGGUCCACUUCUUUGAAGUGGCUCGUAACGACACAUGCCCUGAGCUGCCGGAGAUCUCCAACGGCUGGAAGAGCUCGUCGCACCCAGAGCUGGUGCAGGGGACCGUGGUGACAUACCAGUGCUACCCCGGCUUCCAGCUAGAGGGCGCCGAGCUGCUCAUGUGCCAGUGGGACCUGACGUGGAGCGGAGACCUGCCCAGCUGCCAGAGAGUUGUGUCGUGUCCAGACCCGGGGAAGGUGGAUCACAGCCGCAGAGUCCUGUCGUCCUCUGGCUUCAGUGUUGGCUCCAGUGUCCAGUUCGUCUGUGAAAAAGGCUUCAGUCUCCGUGGAAACAGCCUCCUCACCUGCUACAGCAGAGGGACAGGAGGCCCCCGCUGGAGCCAGAGCCUGCCCUCCUGCACACCGGAGGCCUUUGAGCCGUGUGCCCACCCUGGGACCCCCUCCUUCGCGUUGCCCUCGUCCCGACAGAAGCUCUUCCAGCCGGGGGACAGGCUCAGCUUCUCCUGCCUCAGAGGACACCAGCUCCUGGGGGAUCCCAUCCUCCACUGCCUCCCUGGACACCCGUCUCAGUGGAGUGGACUGCCCCCUGUCUGCAAAGCUCGGUCCGAAGACGAGAACCGCAGACUAGACGUUUCCUCGGUGUCUGUGCGUCUGGACGGAGCUCAGAUUCUGCUGCUGAUCUUCGUCCCGGUGGCUCUCAUCCUCCUCCUCAUCACAGCCGUCUACCUCUACUUCUUCAGAGUGCAGACGAACCCACUCAGACUCACAGCUAAGACUCCUCCGUAUCAGAACAUCAGCGACACUGCGGCCAGCGACACAUCUCUGUGCGAAACGGACACGAGAGAAUACGAAGACUUGGUCGAGAAGGAGGGGGAUCGUUCAAAAAUCCCGCUAAAUAUAAUGAAGUCGCUGCUAGAAUUUACUGCCAAAGACUCGUCUCCUCUGUCCUUCUCCUUCUUCAGCUCGUCUCCUCUCUCCUUCUCCUUCCUCAGCUGGUCUCCUCUCUCCUUCUCCUUCCUCAGCUGGUCUCCUCUCUCCUUCUCCUUCCUCAGCUGGUCUCCUCUCUUCUCCUCAUUCCUCAACUUGUCUCCUCUCUCCUUCCUCAGCUCGUUUCCUCUCUCAAUCUCCUUCCUCAGCUCGUUUCCUCUCUCAAUCUCCUUCCUCAGCUCCUCUCCUCUCUCCUUCUCCUUCCUCAACUUGUCUCCUCUCUCCUCCUUCCUCAGCUCGUCUUCUCUCUCCUCUCCUUCUCCUUCCUCAGCUGGUCUCCUCUCCUCUCCCCUUCUCCUUCCUCAGCUGGUUUCCUCUCCUCUCUCCUUCUCCUUCCUCAGCUGGUUUCCUCUCCUCUCUCCUUCUCCUUCCUCAGCAGGUCUCCUCUCCUCUCUCCUUCCUCAGCAGGUCUCCUCUUCCUCUCUCCUUCCUCAGCUGGUUUCCUCUCCUCUCCUCCUUCCUCAGCUGCUGGUCUCCUCUCCUCUCUCCUUCUUCUCCUUCCUCAGCUGGUUUCCUCUCCUCUCCUCCUUCCUCAGCUGGUUUCCUCUCCUCUCUCCUUCUCCUUCCUCAGCUGGUUUCCUCUCCUCUCCUCCUUCCUCAGCUGGUUUCCUCUCCUCUCUCCUUCUCCUUCCUCAGCUGGUUUCCUCUCCUCUCUCCUUCUCCUUCCUCAGCUGGUCUCCUCUCUCUUCCUUCCUCAGCUCGUCUCCUCUCUCCUCUCCUUCUUCCUCAGCUGGUCUCCUCUCCUUCUCCUUCCUCAGCUCAUCUCCUCUCUCCUUCUCCUUCCUCAGCUCGCCUCCUCUCUCCUUCUCCUUCCUCAGCUCGCCUCCUCUCUCCUUCUUCCUCAGCCUGUCUCCUCUCUCCUUCUCCUUUUGA